CGCUGUGUUUCCUGUCGAUGCGGCUUGCAUCCCGGUGCUUCUUAUUCCCUCCCUUACGUUUUGCAAUGUUUCUUUACGUCCUUUUUACCUGAAUAUAGCGGAGACAUGUGUCAGCGUACGACAGCUGUUGGUGUCAGACUGAUUUGACGCUAGCUAAGAGAAAUGGUGUCGCUAGUUUUAUGGGUGACCAAGUUUCUAGCGAGGCAGCGGCUGCUCUUCGCGUCGUUCAUCGUAAUUUGGAUCGUUGGCAUGGCGAUAACGAUAUGCCUGAUCGGACGUACCGACGACGCCAAGUCCAAGUAUCCGGAUACCACUGCCGCUCUGUACCAUGCGGGACAACACAAUAUGCAGCUUUCCCACAGCCUUACCAAGGCGAAAGCUAUGAAGUAUUGCAAUCCGUACAAUAGUAUAUCGCUUUGGCAGGAAGGCAAAGUACCGAGCAGCAAUUUCACACUGGAAGCCGUAGCCAUAAUGGUGCGUCAUGGAGAGCGCAUGCCCCUGCGGCGAGUUCGCAACCAUCACCUUCUCGGCUGUCGCCAGCCUCCGAGCACGAGCUCGCCUUCCGUUGGCAGGAACAGCCCCUUGCAUUCCUUUGUCAAUGUCAUAACUAAGCACCCCUUGCUCCCGCUAAAGAACAUCUUUGCCACCAUUGCGACACAUCCUAACCAGAGCACAUGCGCAGAGGGGCAGCUCACCUGGGAUGGUGUAGUCCAGCACGUCAACAUGGGGGCCAACCUCAAUGAAGCCUACCACUCCGGUCCUUGGAGGCUCCUGCCUGACGAUUGGAAUGCGCGCUCUGUCAAGCUGUACAGCACCGUCUUCUCCCGCACUUACCAGAGCGCUCUAGCAUUCCUCUAUGGCUUCCUGCCAAAUUUCUCAUUUGACAGGCUCCACCUGGUGCCCUCGCGGGACAUCAACUUCUGCAUGGGGCCGCAUUGCGCCUGCCCGCAGCUUAACACGUACGAGAGGCUCUUCACACGCAAGACGAAGGUCAUGCUCAAGAACCACCUGGCCGUUGUGCAGCUGCUGAACACGCUUGGCAAGGUGCUUAGCCCGGGGGGAAACAACUCGGAGUUUGUUGCGCCGAGGCCAAUCAUGGACGGACUGAUGGGCUUCGUGUGCCAGCGCAAGCCGCUGCCCUGUGCCGACCAUCACUGCGCCACCAUGGAGCACGUUGGCAACGUCAUCUCCUACGUGGACUGGGAGGGCCGACAGCUGUCUCAGGACUUGUCCUUUCGCCGGAGCAGCAUUCUCAAGGCACACUACCUGCUGGCUCGAAUUCACCGAGGACUGCGCGACUUCAUGGAUGGUACGUCCAAGACCAAGUUUUUCUUCUCUGGCCACGACAUCAACCUGAUUCCAGUAGCAUCGACGCUCGGCUUCGACGAUGGCACCAUUCCCCCCUACGCCUCUCGUAUCGUACUUGAAGCAUACAGCAAUGCCAGAAAAGAGCGGUUCAUAAGGGUCCUUUACAAUGGCAAGGAUGUGACUCGUCACACACACUUUUGUAGGAGCAUUCGUGCUGGCGUUGACACAGAGCUGUGUCCGUUUGGCAAUUUCACCACUUUCAUGCAGCAAGACGUGUUCAAGCUGUUCUCGGCUAAAAGCUUCGCAGCAGCUUGUGGCCUUGAUGGCACACACUCUACGCCUACGGCUACGAGUCCUGCCUAAGGAUUAAUGGCCAAAUUAUUGGAGAAGCACUUAAGAUGCAGUGGUGCAUCUGUAUAUGCCAAGGAAGUGCAGCCCUCGCCCAUUUGGGCCAGAGAACAUGCCAGCAUUGCGAUGCACAUGUUAUCUAGUUGGCAUCAUUGCUUUGGCCUACAAGUCUGUAACUUGUCAUCACCAUGCAAAUCGGAUAACAUAUUAGGGCAUUCCAGAUAAUGGGCGUGACACUUCACUGAAAGAGGCCCAGCACUCGAGAAAACUCAUGGCAUCUUGAAAGAAGGCUGCUAGCACACUCCAGCUCCUGCCAAAUGAAUCUUAUCCUGGAAAACAAUAUAUUUUACAUAAUGUAUUUAGGAGCAGCUACUGAACUCAUUCCAAGCAUGAAACUAUGUUAUCAGGGUAAAAAUGUAAUGUGCCAGCAAGGCAUGCUACAAUGACUGCCUAAGCUGUUUGAUUGCGGUCCCUGGCCAAGAAGUCCACUUUCUUUCUCAUUUUUCGCUGCAUUAUAAAGUGAUGAUUUAGGUACGUCCUGUGUAAUUUCACUCCUGCCCUUGUUAUAUUGUAUUUUAAACACAUUCAAAUAGAAAGACCCAGUUUAAAGGCAUUUGCUGCAGCAAUGUGCUGCUCAAUGUAUACUCCCCCAGUGGCCAAUAAGAGAGAAGCAUUUCUCACUUUUAUUUUUAAGUUUUUGCAACAAAAUCGCAUUCGAUUGCUUUCAUGUCCUUUAGCAUUUGGGCAUUUUUUGGCGGUAGCUGUUAGCAUUGCGGACUGGCGUAUCCACCGGCAUCAUGUUCCUUGUUUUCUCUAUACUAUGUGGAUGAGUAAUUGUGGUUACAAUGGCUUUGCAGAUACAUUUAGUCUAAUAUAGAUGCAUUCGUUGCUGGUCAAAUUUAGUGCCUGCAAACGACGUAGUGUAAAAUGCCAAGCAGGUGUGCUCGCACUGCAGUGAAAGAUAACUUGACAAGAUUUAGAAGGAGGGCACUUACUAAGCCAUGAACCAAAAUUCAAGAUGUGCAAGGAAGAAUCUUAGAAUACAACCCUGAAGCACUGCACUAUAUAAAUACAAUAUUAAGAAACCAUCCACAUAUCUAAAGGCUCUCAGAAUUCGGUUUCCUGGGAACCGCUGCUGCGAGAUUCUGUAGCAGCGAAUAGGUUCAAAAGAAAUGGUUGGAAGGGAAAAGGUAGCGCUUGCUUGAUUUGUGGUGUGUAUUUCAAACCUCCUGAAAAAUAGAGGGGGAGUGCUUUCUCGUGAUUUUAUGGUAAUGUUUUGCAUUACCUUAAAAGUGGCACGGUAAUGCGCGUUGCACCACAGUGAGUCGAGUGCCCCAUUUUGAUGCUUACAAUUUUGGCUUGUCUGUUGCAAAUCUGUUACUAUGUACUCGUAAGUUUAAUUACAGCAGUACAAAGAUUUAGUGUGAGCUUGCAAGUGAAUACCUGUGCUUGACAUUGUUUCAGCGGCAAUUUACGCUAAAAAGGUGCUGCAAGCAUGCUGACGCACUCCUGAGUUUUAAUGUUGAACUUUAACCAGAGAUUCCCAAUGUUUGUGAAAGAAGUCAUAAGGAAUCCUUUUGUUAUUCUUUUAUACGUCGGGCAUAAUACAUUCAUUCUGAUUUUAUUGAUUUGCUUACUUGAAGUGCUAGCCAUUUUAUUUACAGGUCCUUACUGUGAGGCCAGCUCGUGUUUGCAACGAAGAUAGUUGCUAGUUUUUUAGUGUUCAUGCAUUGUUGGCCAUUGCUUGUAUGCUACGGGCGGGUAUCGGGCCCUUUUUGUGAGAUUCUCAUUUCGGUAUGCUGUGAUAUGUAUAAUUAAUCAUUUACGUGCAUACAUAUACAUACACCUGAAGUGACACAGGUUCGGCAGCUUGUGUGUGCUCGACAGUUGAGGUACUUGUUGCUGGGACUGUGUGAUCCCUUGCUGCAGUUUUCCUCUUGAUCGUUCAGCCCAGCCAUUUGGCUGAUUGUGGAUGAGAUUUACAUUGUCACCAUUGUAGUCAAGACUUCAAGCAGGGCUGUUGAUUAUUUGGCUUAUAAGUUAUCAUAGAUGCAUGUUUGUCCAUUGCAGUGCAUGAUAGACCACGGUUCCAAUCUCGGAACCUUUGCCAACUCAAGCUCGAUCCAUAGCAGCUUGCUGUGAAGCUGCUGAACCUCUCGAAUGGAGCUACUCUCUAUAAUAGCUGUCGUUGAGUAAGAAAAAAUUAGCUCCUUGCUCAUCGUACAUCAUUCUUCAAGGCGACUGCUCUCUUCUCACUUCAGCGUUUAUUUGUGAGGCUGGGGGAGACCAGUGAAUAUUGGACGCUCUGUAUAAAUGGGCAAGCUUCCUCAGCAAUCUAGGGUGAAAUCACAAGUCCUCUCCCGAUCCCCUUUCUCCUCUUUCUUCAUGCAUGCCUUUGCGAGCGAUGUAUUUCCUUGGCAUCAUCUCAUUCUUCUGGAUUCGCACGCUACAGCAAUAAGAGUGUCUUGAAAACAUGUCAUGGUAUCGGUAUGCUUAACAUUGAGGGCAAUCAAAAGCCACGAGUGAAGUAUACGAUGCUGCUUACCUCGACACUUAUGUUACUCCUAUCUUGAUGAGGCAAGGAAAGGUUAGCACAUGCUCUACAAGUGUCAUGAGAUAUCAGUCUAUUGCACAUUUAAGCUCUAAAACAACUGAGUCAUGUGAUUAUAUUUUAUAGAAAUAUUAACGUUGUAUAAGCUUCCUUUUUUGUGAUGUCUAGUCAGGGAUAAAUACGGAUUUUGUUUCUUCGUUGUCUCGAUGAGUAUUUUCUCGAGAAAGAAGGUGACAGAUGCAACACAGAGAGUUGUGAAGUUAAUGCAUCAGUAGCUAACAUGUCACAAAUUCAGUUGUGACAUGGCACCUUUACAAGUACAGUGAACUGCCUAACCUGUAACAAAUGUAUAUGUAUUUCUGAAUCGCCAGUUCAUGUACAGAUAUGCUCUAAAAAGUAAUGCAUACACAAACUUCAGGAACAAAGUUAAAACCAGAAUAAUAUUUGAUCUUUAUUUAGCCUUGUCAUGAACUAUAACAAAUGAAAAUUUUACCUUCUUGUGUUUGUUUGUUUUCUUGUGUGGCAUUGACUUCACAUGGCGUAGGCCUUGCGCCAUGUUCUCACCUAAAUGUGUACCGUGCUAUGUUUGUGGUGUGGGAAGUUGCACCCUUAGCAAGCACUGGGAAACGAUCAAGCAUAAUUUUUUUAACUGCUCUGCAUCGAUGUAGUUGGCUUUAAUACGUGACUUGCAGUUUGUGAAAAAAAAAAACAUUCUGCAGACAGUUAUCACACCCCUACUUAAGAAUACCACCGUCUUCAUGCCUUCACUGUUGACACGUAAAUGUUCUCGCUACUUAGGGUUGCAUUAUGUAAUCUGGUUCGUGCUCGAGCUAUAUCAUGUUAUUGUUGGAAGUUGUCGUGCAAGGAAAUUGCUUGUGCUAACGACCACUGAUGCCACAAGAAAAGUAUGGAGCAGGGCUGUUUAUGGUCAUGUCCAAAUUUCUGCUGCCACUGUGUGCAAUUCUCAUUUAGCAACCAAGAAAGGUCGUCACAUGGUUCCUAAUUUUAUGCAGGUGCAGGGCACUUAUACGAGAUGUUUGGUUUUAUGUCCUGCAUUUGUUAUCUGACCCCUUUUUGUGACACACACGCACGUGCGCACACACACACACAUAGCCUCACCUUGAUUUCGGCAGUACUGACUGUACCAUAGCCCUUUGGACAACUGUGAAGGUAACUUGGUCUGUGGUACUGGUAAUGUGAUCCUUGAAAAAUUUAAGGAAUUUCAUUCCUCUUGAGUGCUUGUGUGUGGAGUGUUUUGAUUUCGUGAGGAAAGACAAUGCAGUUUCUGUGUUUGUGUCUGUGCUUUGUUUUGUGGAAUUUCUUUCUUGCUGGCUAUAUGGAAACUGAUAUGCCAACUCUAUAUGUUGCAGGCAGUGUGACAGCGAAAAAAAAAAAAGAACAAUUACAUGCAUAGAAGUCUUAUGUUUACAACUGCUUCGUAAAACUCGCCAUGUUGUGAACACGUACACUUGCGUGACUAUGUAUAGCAUGGGUUUGCGUGCUCGUCGUGUUGACAUUGUUGGCACAUGACGAAUUUCUUCGUGCCACCAAGCUCCGUUUUUUACGGAUUGUGUUUCCUCCAGCUGGAAGUGGCCGUCGGGCUCUACUUUUAUGUUCAGAUUUAUCACAUGGACAGUUGGCGCUGCCACUAAAGUGUAAUUACAAUCACGUCUCCGUCUUAAUGUUUUAGUCACGUAGAUGUAAAGAUCGUGUACCACGUAUUCUGUGAGAAACUUUGUCAAGUCUUCUGGUUUGUUGCCUAGAGUAUAUGCCUUGUAUGUACAGAAAUGGUAAUAAAUUGAUAUUUGUAAAUAUGG